UUCCAUACAUUCCAGUGUGUAGCGAGGCGUUAAGUGUCUGUAUCUCGAUCAGAGUAGAAGACGUGAACUAGCCGAGUGCACAGCACGAUCUAACAGCCGACAGACACAUCAUGGCAUACCGUUUUAUACGUUCAUAUAGAGGACCAGUAAAGGGCGUUAUUCUGGACUGGAGUGGUACCACAGCCGACAAGUACGUCUUGGCACCAGCUGUUGUCUUUGUGGAGGUUUUUAAGAAACACAAGGUACCUAUCAGCAUGCCUGAGGCACGUGGUCCGAUGGGAUUGAGAAAGGACCUUCACAUCAAAGCCAUUACAGAAACGGAGGAGGUCAGAAAAAGAUGGCAUGCCGUUCAUGGGAAAUAUCCAGAUCAGGGUGACGUCGACAACAUGUUCAAAGACUUCGUUCCUAUGCAGUUGGCGUGUCUGAAAACAUACACAACAUUGAUACCGGGAACUGCUGAAGCCUGCAGAACCUUGAAGAACGAGUUUGGAGUAAAGAUUGGAAGCACAACCGGAUUCCUUCGCUCAAUGGUUGAUGUGCUAUUGGAAGAAGGGCGGAAACAGGGGUACUACCCGGAUGUCACUGUGGCUGGUGACGAGGUUGAAAAUGGAGCCCGCCCGAAGCCACAUAUGGUGUAUAAAAAUAUGGACCUUUUGGAUCUGAAUCCAAUACCGGCCGUUGUCAAAGUCGACGAUACAAUAUCCGGUGUUGGCGAGGCUCUCGAAGCUGGAUGUUGGGGUGUCGGUGUUGCCAAAUACAGUAAUUAUAUGGGCGUCGACAGUUUGGAAGAGGCCGAUGCUCUAACACCCGAAGAAGAAGAAAAAAGGUGCAAAGUCUCUCGAGAUUUGCUCAUACAAUCUGGUGCUCAUUACGUCAUUGACUCCAUUGCAGAAUUACCUGAAGUCAUAGAGGAUAUUAACCAAAGGUUAGCAAAGGGAGAAAAGCCAUAACUUCGUUUAUUAUCACACAAAUCUUAAUAAAUCUCUAUAUAAAGUAACGAGUAUUUGGCGUGUAACAUAUAUAUUUGUUAGUUUAGAACUAUAUAGGACGAUAUAUUUACUAGUCUUAUUUUAAUAAUCAGAUAUUUGUUACUUGUGUGAUUUUGUGUCUCAAGUGUUAAAUUAAAAUCAUGAGAUAGACAGUUUUAAUCUCUUUUCAAUUAUCUCAUUGUGAAUUUGAUUUACAACUGCAUUUACUGCUCAUUAUGUUAACAGUUCCGUAGCGGACAUUUUAACACAUAACAAAAAUUAUUUAACGUUUUUCCAAGUUACCUUUCUUGUUUACUGUGCGUUUGUGUAAUGACGGUAAUUAAAUAAUGGCAGGGUAUAUAUCACAAAAUUAUUUUGUUACGUUUUCAUGUAGACAUACAAAUGUAAUUAUAUAUUGUGCACAUUAUAUAUUAAAUG